UUUUUUAAAAACUUUACAGAAUCACUAGUUAACAUCACAAUAAACCCACUGCAUGUUGAUGAGGGUCUUACGGAAUCCUUCACAGCACACUGCACGUUUGACCCCUUGCGGGGAACACUGGUCACCUUAACCAUCUCUCGAGCCAACGAUUCGUCCCGUGUCUUCGUAGACUUGGCUUCGAUCAACAGAUUUUCGAAUACGUCUUUUGACAUAAUAUCGAAAAUAGAAAACUAUACCGUGACUAGUGAUUUCAACGCAACCGGUUUGUCUCGUUUACAGCUCCGUUGGGUAAAUCCAACACAGGAGCAAAGUGGGGCCUAUAAAUGUUCAGCCGCGGAGCUUAGCGAUGCAGGACAGAUUACCUUGGAAGAGAACGCUGUCACGUUGACAGUGGGCAAACCUGGUGCCGGUCAGCUCACAAAUAAGCUGAAACAGAUGAACGCGCUUCUGAAAAGUUACGAGGAAAGACUGACUUUGCUGGCAGAAAAUGUACUCGACCUGACUAAAAAUAUGACCGUUUUGUCUGAAAACUAUAAAGUGAACGCAGACCAGCUCGAUCGCCUGAAAUCAAUGUUUUUUGUCGAGUCGAUUCGUUUCAACGAUACCGAGUACUUGUUAUCAAGGGACAACUUCGGAAGUGCCAAUGUUUUGGCAAUAAUUUGCAACAUGUACCGAGGAUAUCUGGUCGAAUUCGAUGACGCGGAGGAGUUCGACGCGCUCACUUCUCUCAUAGAAAAUGCUACCGAAUUCAGUAACGUUUACGUUGGAGGGAGCGAUCUCAUGCACGAAGAUCAAUGGGUGAUGGAGUCCACGGGGCAGAAUAUGACGUGGUCCAAUUGGUACCCAGGGGAACCCGACUCUGGUACAGGGGCUGACUGUAUAAGAAUUUACCAAAUCUUCGACUGGCAAAUGGUUGACACUGAAUGUUUUAGCCACGAUAUUCAGUAUAGAUUUAUCUGCGAAGUCCCUUUAAAAAAGCUGCGUCUAUCUAAUUCUUAA